AGCAUUCCAGCAAGCUCCAGCUGAAGGAGCAGCACUACGUAGCUUCCCUUUGAUUAGGCAAUGUCAGGGUUGUCAGGGCAACUGUGAACAGCGGCGUAUCAUAUUUUCUCCUUCUGUGCUGCAUGCUGAAUAUUUCAGUGUGCCAUUGCCGGCACAAGGGUUAGGGAAAGGUACUGUAGUGCAGCAAGAAUAGCAGCAGAUUCUGCUUGGCCGGGGGCCAGCAAGAAGGACUAUCUAGUGAUUUUCACAUCAUCCAGCGACUGUUUCAUUGGAUCCUGUAUAUGAGUGGAUUCUGGCACUGGACAUCCUUCCCUGCUUUCUCCCAUUACCCAUGGGUAGGUCAGUGACUAGCCUCUAGAUGUCCAAGCUGCUCCAGUGACAGGCUCUUCUUGUGGAGGAUUGCCGCAGAAGAGUAGGAUACAUGCUUAUAUUUCUGAGACCCAGGAAGAAGGGAAAGGUGGCAAAAAACAUGCCAGGAUCGACUACAGCUGCCCGGCAGGAGAGGGUGAAGAAAUCCGGGGCACGGCCUGCACCCCCAGUUUUAUUCACUAUUAACGAGGAAGAUGAACAGCAAAAGAAUGGCAGCAGCAAGAAGGUAAAAGAUCCCGACAGUCCUCAUGGUAAAAACCAAGAAAAGAAGGCAGACUUUAGUCGUCCUAGAAAAGACCAUGCUUUAUCAAAAUCGGAACCUCAUCUUGUCUUGAAGGUUGAUGAGAGACAAAGACUUGCCCGGGAGCGUCGAGAGGAACAGGAGAAACUCAUGGUUGCGCGGGAGCAUCUAUGGCUGGAGAAAGAAAUGAGAGCACGGCAGCAUUUUAAGAAGCAUAUGGAGGAACGCAGGAAGAAACUAGAGGAACAGAGGAUUAAAGAGGAAAGGAGGCGCACUGCUGUAGAUGAGAAGCGGAGGCAGAAGCUGGAAGAAGAAAAAGAACGCCAUGAAGCAGUGGUGAAGCGUACAAUUCAACGAAGUCAGAAGCCAAGGCAGAAAAAUAACAGAUGGUCUUGGGGAGGGUCUCUGCAAAGCAACCAAAGUAUAAUAAGCUCAGAUCCAGACAGGAGGUCAGUUUCAACAAUGAACCUUUCGAAACAUGUUGAUCCCGUUGUUAUUAACAAGCGACUCUCCACCUCAUCCGCAACAUUACUUAAUUCUCCAGACAGAGGUCGGCGACCGCAGCUUAGUCCAUGGGAGUCCAAUAUGGUGUCAAGACUACUGACACCAACUCACUCAUAUUUGGCUAGAAGUAAAAGCACAGCUGCUCUAUCUGGAGACGCAGCAUCUUGCAGUCCCAUAACCCCUCAGACACAAAAGACUCCAACAAUAAAAAGUUCAGAGAGACCCAAGGCUUUCCUUACAACUCCAGAGGCUGUAGCUAGACGGAGAACUAUGCACUUUGCAGGAUAUGGCAGUGGGGAGAAAAAAGAAAAACGUCAGGAUGAAAAGGAAAAUAAAUUACUAACACUUCCUACUUCCAAUGUCAAGAGAAACCAUUCUCCUAGCAUCACAAGAACAAAAUCACUAGCAGCUCUAUCUGGAGGCUAUCAGCAGAAGCCAUGGGUCACUUUAUCCAGUACAGCUAAGCCAGCACCAUCCCCAUCUAACAGUUCCAAAGUGGUAACUACCCCUCAGCGCCCACCAUCACCUGGAAAUGUCCGACCAGUAAGAAGGGAAAGCAAAAAAAAGACUGAAGUCAAACAGCCUGACAUCACAGCUAAGGAAAACACAGAGACUAAGGAUCCUAUACCAGUAGACAUACCAGCAGAUGUAGAGAACACCAAGGAGGAGAUGCCACGUAGCCCAAGUCCCGUUACAGACGAAACUGUACAAGCAUUGCCAUCCACACCAGUUACACCAUCACCUACAGUGUCUAAUAAGCCCUUUGCUGGUACCACUGACCCAGGAGAAGCAACCAGAAUUCUUGCAGAAAAAAGAAAACUUGCUCGAGAACAACGGGAGCGAGGAGACCAAGAAAAGAGGGAAAAAGAGGAGGAACAACGGAAAAAGAAGGAGGAGUUGGCUCGGCGGAAAGCUGAGGAAAGAACUAAACGAGAAGAGGAGGCACGACAGCAGGAGGAAGAAAGAAAAAAAAGAGAGGAGAAGGAGCACCAGGAAAGGGAAAAUAUUCUUAAACAGCAAGCAGAGGAGAGAGAACAGAGGGAACGUGAGGAAGCAGAGCGUCUACAGAAACAAAAGGAUGAAUCAACGAACCUGAAAGAAGAAACAGAUCGCAUAAGGUUAGAACGUGAAAAACAUUUUCAAAAAGAGGAACAUGAGCGCACUGCGAGGAAGAAGCGGCUGGAGGAGAUCAUGAAGAGGACGAGGCGUAGUGAACCUGGGGAUAAGCAAUCCACUGUUCAAAGAAAUGGGGAAAUACCUAAAAAUAUGGAGAAUACAGCCAUCACACCGUCAUCUUUACCAGAGGAACAAGAACCGAUGUUCCUCCAGGAUACAGAAGAAAAUUCCCGCAAUGGAGAAUCAUUGACUCCUCCACCAAGGAUUAUUACUUUUCAGCAGCCUUUUCCUGUAGACAGCACGGAGAAGCAACCAAAUGAAAAUGGGUUAUGUACGCCAAACAACAACUUUGAAGAGAUCAUCAAUUUGCCUGUUGGAACUAAACCAAUCAAACUUGACGCUCUAAAUAAUGAAGGGAACAGUAUCGAGGACUUUCCGCUGAAUCCAAUUAUAGCUUUUGAGGUUGAUAAUGUGCAAACGUCACAAACGACAGAGGUCAUCUGAACAACGCAACACAGAAAUCAUCUUUAUAGCCCCAGGGAUUCUUUCCAAGCAAUGAAGGAAGGAUUGUUUACUUUAUAAGUUAUUGACUGAAUAUCCGAAGAGAUGAAAAACUAGAUUCAUACCAGCUUAUGGGAGUGUUUUGUGGAAACAUACCCUUGAUUUUUAGUGUGCAGUGCAUAAAAAAAAGGGAUUUUCCCUGAAAAUUCAACUUCUGACACCUAUUUUUGAAGUUUUUACAAACGUUGAAGGAGAUAAUCAAUAACUGGAAGCAUCGAGGCAGUUUGUAGGACCUUCUUAAGACUGGUCUGUUUUAAAUGUAAUUGUUUAACCUGCUAGUAAUAUUUUACACUGUAUAUGUUUAAUACU